AUGGCUGUCAUGGAGGCCACCUCAAUAUCUAAAGUCGUAUUCAUCACGCAGCAGUCCUGUCCGAGUAUCACGACCCGCUUCUUGUCGUUGGUUCCGUCGCAGGAUCGCUCAAGGGAUGACCCACCAUCGCCUCCUCCUCAACCUCCCCCAAGUCCAUCUGGCUGGAGCCGGCUUGUCUCCAUGGACCCCCUUGCGCCAGUUGAAAUCUGA